CCACCGCCACAGCCGGUGCUCGUGCCCCACGCACCUAUAUGAGAUUCGCGUAAGCUAUAGCGGCGCUCAGUCGCAGAGCCUCGCGCGUCGUAGGAGCAGCUCCUUGCCACCCACUCGCUCGUCUUCCCGAGGCUCAACCGCCGCCGAGUCGACCUCCUCACCGUGCCCCGGCAUCGUCAGGAGAGAGGGAGCUCCGAGAGAGCUUGGCGCCCCCUUCAGCCCUCCGAGUUUUCUCCAGCUGCUGGUGAGCCUUCAGGAUGGCCAAUUUGAGAAAUACCCUGGGGAUACAAGAGUUGACUGAUAAGAAGUCGGGAUUAUAUCGAGCGCUUGUGGCGGAAUUCCUCGGCACUUUGCUUCUCAACUUUUUUGGUUGCGGUGCCGUGAUUACUGGUAGCAUUCUUGCUAUCAGUUUUUCCUUUGGUUUGACAGUCGCUGCUGCCAUCCAAACCAUCGGACAUAUAUCAGGCGGUCAUGUAAAUCCCGCAGUGACACUUGGUCUUCUCGCUAUUGGGAAGAUUCCAGUGAUUCGAGCCAUCUUGUACGUGGUGGUGCAAUGCGCUGGUGCAAUUGCUGGGUCAGCAGUGUUGCGUGCCCUAUCAUCCGAGCGGAUGGAGUCAAGCCUAGGUGCGGUAGCGUUGAAGAAUGACGUGACCCCGGUUCAAGGCCUCGGUGUCGAAUUUUUUCUCGCAUUAAUUCUCGUCCUGGUAGUUUGUGGAGCCUGCGAUCCUGGCAAACCGGAGAGCAAACCCCUCGCUCCCCUCAUCAUUGGACUCGCUGUAACUGUUGGACAUAUCGUUGGAAUCCCACGCACAAGUACGGGCAUGAAUCCAGCGAGGGCCCUUGGUAGCGCCGUUGUUCAGGGAGAGUUUUUGGAUCAUUGGUUGUAUUGGGCUGGUCCGAUACUAGGCGGCGUUGCCGGUGCCCUCAUAUACACCCACGCACUUGGCCCGGCCAAGGAAGUCGAACUGCCCAGGUCUUAUACGACUGUCGCUACCGAUGAAAAGGAGCUCCAUCGACUCAGCAGCGGAAAGAGAUCACAGCCCGCUUGAUCACCUUAACCCCGAAGCCCAACGAUCUUUGUUUCUCUUGCCUCAUUCCUUUUCUUCCUCUUGCUUUCUCGACAAUCGUCGACUUUGCGUGACUGACUCACACACCUGCCCAAAUAUUACUAGAAUUCUGCAAUACGUUGAAUUCUCAUUAUGGUGUUUAUAAAAUGAAAACACUCGCUUAUCGAUAACUUGCUCUCACCGUUAUAAGGUACUUUCGAUUCAAUUAACUGCAUUUGUAUUUCGUACAUUUAAUUCACAACGUACAUAAGUACAUUUACAUGAAUCUAAUAAAGAAGUCGAUAUUUAAAAAAUUUAAAA